UCAUUCAUCAUCUCUUUCAACGGCUUUAUCCGGUCAGUAGCGAUUCCCUUACAGCUCAGUCUUUAGAAGUGCUAAAACAAAGAAAAAGAGAAAAACUCUCUGCCAACUCCUUCAAAAGAGCAUAAGUUGGAAAUGGGCUUUCAAGAUAGACGAAGAAGAAACUAACAUUCUUGAAUCACUAGUCUUAACAUAUGUAGGUUGUUCCAGAGUUGUACGUCAAGUACUUGGUGCAUGGAUUAUUUUGGUGUACGGACUCUUUGCUAAUGAUCUUGGGAUGAGAAGAAUCAGACGAAGAUACCGAUUGGACGAUUGAACAGUAAGUGACGAUGGCAUCACCUAUAUUCUUAUCCAAUCCACCUCCUGGGUUUUCGAUAGUGGCUAUACUCAGAGGAAUUCAAUUGGCAUUGUUGGGAGCUUAUAGGUCAUUACAAAACCCAAAACUUUUUGAAUCAAAAUAUUAUCAGCAAGCAUUUAAUCAAUUAAAGUAUUCCAUUAUACUUCAAUGUAUAUUAUGGGCACCAAUACUUACCGUGAGGUUUUUCUUCCAGAUUUUGGCAUUAAUAUUUAGACAUGAUCAAGAUCUAGAGAAUAUAGUUAGUGGUUUGGAAUAUUUCCAGAAAAAUGUCUUGAAUAUAGGAGUUUUCAUCAUAUCAGCGAUAAGAUUUUUCACUCCGGAAUUAGAUGAUUUAUUCUUAACUAGUCUUAAAUUUAUUGAUAGUGUUUAUAUUGAGAAACAUCCAGACAGAAAAGAGCAUCAAUAUCAUGAUAAUUUGAUUGAUAUUUCAUUAAAGUUAACCGACUUGGAUUAUAAUAAAACUGGUAAGAAAAUUAAACAAUCAUGGUUUAAAACGAUUCAAUUAAAGUAUCAGAAAUCAGGGGAUUUCUCAAAUUUUGUUAAAAGAUAUUUAUAUAAUUGUUCUUUCAAUAUUUUGAUUUACAUCUUAUGUAAGGUUCCAAAAAUUGGUACUAUUAUAAUUGGUUUGAUUUCUUUCCAAAAUUUUAAUGAUAAAGUUGGUAGUAUAUCAGCAAUAAUAAUUUUUUUUGUCUUGCAAUUAUUACCAAAGCAUUAUACUUCUUUAUUCUUAAGUAUUUUUUGGGGUUCAAGAAAUAUGAUUCAUGAUUUGUUAUUACCUUAUUUUAUUAGAAUUCAGUUUACUAAAAUCGAAAAGGAUCAAUGGAUGAAAUCAAGAGAAGGGGUCUUAUUUGGUUUCGGUCUUUGUUAUUACUACAUAAUCUAUCAGCUUCCUUGGAUAAGUGUGUUUGUUUAUGGAAUUGCUGAAUCAAGCGUAGCUUAUCUUAUCACCAAAGUGUCUGACCCACCUCCAAAUCAAUUGAGUCAAUUGAUUAAUUGGAAUUCAACUCAGUUAGUAUGGAAUAAAGAUGAUGAACGUAAGGUUUUAGGUGGAGGUUUUGCUGACCAGGACGAAGGCUUUAAACCAAUUCCUGGAUCUUUCAUAGUUGAUCCAAACCUGAAAAAAAAUGACUGAUAAUUACAUAUUUAAAAAAGUAUAUAUUACACUAUUUAUUUUCAAUUAACAUUAUAAGUUUUAUUCCCCGUAUAAAUACAGAAAUUUAAUGAACUU